AUGUCUAGCAUUUACAAUAAAAAAAACCCAGAGGAAGACGCAAAGGAGGGUCUGUCUAAGGAGCUGAGUGGCGACACCGUUGAUUUGCCAAAGGACCUCAGUCCACACUCGGACAUGCUAACAUUAGAGAAAAGUCCUUGCCUCUUAAAACCGAUUUUUCUUUGCGUUUGCAUUUCUUUUGGUGGGUUCAUGUUUGGUUGGGAUGUUGGGACUAUUGGUGGUAUUACAAAUAUGCAGAGCUUUCAAGCAUAUUUUGGUACAAUCACCGACCCUGUCACAGGCUUGAAACGAUUUCCUGACUUAAUAAUUGGGCUGCUCAUUUCAAUAUUCAAUAUUGGUUGUGCAAUUGGUGGGUUAACGUUAGCGAAAUUGGGCGAUUUUAAAGGUAGAAAACUGGGGAUCAUUGCUGCCAUAGCAGUAUAUUGGGUUGGUUUGCAGCUGCAAGUGAUAAACCAUCAAAAAUGGUUACAAUUUUUUUUUGGAAGAGUUGUUACAGGUUUGGCAGUUGGUUCUACUGCUGUGUUGAUACCCAUGUUUAUAUCUGAAAGUGCACCCACUAAAAUAAGGGGGUCCAUGGUUGUAUUAUAUCAGCUGAUGGUGACCUUAGGUAUCCUUGCUGGUAAUAUUAUCAAUUACAUCUGUCUAAAAUCUUUCUCGUCGCAACCAAAUGAUAAUAGACAAUGGCAAGUGCCCCUGCUUUUAGGGUUUGCUUGGUCAGUGAUCAUUUUAGUAGGACUUUCAUUCACUCCAGAAUCCGCCCAAUAUUUAAUGCUGAAAAGGAAUGAUGUUCAAAAAGCAAAAAGAUCGUUUUCACUCAUGAAUGGUAUUGAUGAAGAGGAUGAAAAAACCUAUGAAUUUAUUGAAGAGUCAAUGAGAGAAAAACAAGACAUGCUUAAAAUGGGAAAGCAGCAAGGAAUCUUUGAAUUUAUCACUGGUAAACCAAAACUAGGAUUGAGGCUCUUAAUAGGCGUCUUGGUGAUGACUUUCCAACAGUUAUCGGGUAUCAAUUAUUUUUUUUAUUACGGCACGACAAUAUUCGAAAGAGCUCAUCUAGAUCCUUAUCUCACGCCGAUCGUUUUGUCCGGGGUGAAUUUUGGUGCUACUUUUGUCGGUAUUUACCUUGUUGAAGCCCUUGGAAGAAAAUCAUGUUUACUACUGGGGUCAGUAGGGAUGUUUUGUUGCAUGAUGAUUUAUGCUAGUGUUGGGAGUUUCGCACUAGAGUCGGUUAGCUCGGCAGGCAUCAUGACAGCUACCACAUGUGUUUAUAUUUUCUUCUUUGCCACAACCUUGGGACCAGUAACGUUUGUACUGGUAUCAGAGCUUUUCCCAAUGAAAACAAGAGCGACUUCUAUGGCAAUUUGCUCUUCUUUCAAUUGGUUGUUCAAUUUUGCCAUAUCCCUGCUCACACCAACAAUCACGUCUAAAAUUGGUUUCCUUUAUGGGUACUUUUUUGCUGGAUGCUUAUUCUUAUCUGCGUUAUGUGUAUGGAUAUUAGUACCAGAAACAAGAAAUAAAACUGAAGCAGACAUAAACAGGAUUUACGAGUGUACCAACAGUGAGUAA